AUGACACCUGAUACUGUAGAGUUCAUUGCCGUAUUUGUAUUGGCCCUUGACACUGUCCGUCCGGCGCCUAUCAAAAGUGGAUUCUAUGACAACUUGGGUCUAACGAGUGAUGAGUUGGACGCCAUUUACGAACAAAUGCCUCAACAGAUUCCGUUGGGCCGUAUGGUUCGGCCCAUAGAGAACGCAAACGCCGUACUGUUUAUAGCGUCGCGUGACUCAAGUUUCGUGACCGGGAGUACACUUGUUUGCGAGGGAGGAUUCCUAUUGCAGUGACGCACAUUGCCCGUCCCAGUCAAUUGG